AUGAAAAGAACAUGGAACAUCGACAGUAGCCAGUUAAAAGAAGUAGGAGAAACUGGAACAGAAUCAUCAUCAUGCGUUUCGACGGAUCAUUCGUCUACUACGAAGAUUCACAAACGCGAACCAAAUCCUCCGAAUCUCAGCAAUCGAUUAUAUUUCACAAAGAUAUCAGGUCAUCCACACCGAUUCAACACAAAUGCAUUGUCUUUGAGAGAAUUGUUGGAAGCGAUCUCUCCAGUAGCAUCAAUCCACUUCAAUUUCAUGGUCGAUUUCCCGUGGUUGUUUGCUCAAUAUCCGCGACGUUGCUCAAUGUCACCGAUGACCAUAAUUGUUGGUGAAAGUAACGGUACAAGUCAAGCUGAGAUACGUGCUGAUGCAAAGAAAUGUGCGUUCGAGAAUCUGAGCGUUGGACGUGCUCGACUACCGAUUCCGUUCGGAACACAUCACACGAAGUUGUCGAUUUUCGAAAGUGAUUCUGAACAGAUUCACGUGAUUAUUUCCACUGCAAAUUUACUGCAAAACGACUGGGAAUCGAAAACACAAGCAUUCUAUCACUGCAAAGCGAACAUUGUUAGUUGA